AUGGAUGCUAUUCUCCAAGUACCCGUUGAUGGGUUCAGAUUCGACAACGGUUCUGGAUCUUGUUGCAAACCAAGGAACAAUUUAGACUCCGGAGGAACCAACCGCUUCACCUGUUUCAAAGAAUCUGAAUCUCAGAGCCUUUCUUCUCCAACCGAAUCUACAGAGUCUCAGAACCUUUCUUCCCCGACCGAAUCUACCGAAUCUCAGAACCUUUCUUCACCCACCGAAACAUCUACGGUAUGUUCAGAUAACUAUCCUGUUUUGAAGUAUAUCAAUGACAUGUUGAUGGAGGAAGAUCUUGAAGAACAGUCUUGUAUGUUGCAAGACAGUUUGGCUUUACAAGCCGCAGAGAGAUCUUUCCUCGAAGUUCUUCAUGAGGAUCAUCAACCAACCUCAUGUCUCACUGGAUCGCCUGAGAUCUCAGAAGAAUCAUCAACAAGAAGAUACCAUCAACGAGAUGAUGAAGAAGAAGAUAAUCGCAAGUCAAAGCUCCCUGCUAUCUCCGUGGUAGAUGAGCUUGCAGAAAAGCUGGAGGAAGUGUUGUUGGUGUGUCAAAAAACCGAUCAAGAAAAAGCAACACCAAACAAAACAGUACGAGCAAAGGGAUCAGCACUAAACCGAUCCAAACCGGAGCAGCCUGUAGAUAUGAGGAAUCUACUAAUGCAAUGCGCACAAGCAGUAGCUAGCUUUGACCAGAGCAGAGCCUUUGAGAAACUCAAGGAGAUAAGAGAACACUCAUCUAGCCACGGCGACGCAACUCAAAGACUUGGUUACCAUUUCGCGGAGGCGCUUGAAGCGCGUCUCACCGGAACCACGAAGACGCCAGUAUCAUCUGAUGUUCUGAGCAAAACACCAAUGGUUGAUAUUUUGAAUGCUUACAAGGAGUUCGUUCAGGCUUGCCCUACUUUAAUAAUGUGUUACUACACAGCAAACAGAACUAUAUUCGAGCUUGCGUCCAAAGCAACAAUCACGCUUCACAUCAUUGAUUUUGGCAUCCUCUAUGGAUUCCAAUGGCCUUGUUUGAUCCAAGCCCUGUCGACACGACAGGGGGGACCACCAAAGCUCCGUGUGACCGGAAUCGAGCUGCCUCAGCCUGGAUUCCGGCCAUCAGAGCGGGUCGAAGAGACCGGGAGGAGACUGAAACGGUUCUGCGACAAGUUCAACGUCCCGUUUGAGUACAGCUUCAUAGCUAAAAACUGGGACACUAUAACUCUUGAUGAGUUGGUGAUCAAUAGUGGAGAGACAACAGUUGUUAACUGCAUCCUCAGGCUACAAUACACUCCUGAUGAAACCGUGUCCCUAAACUCUCCGAGGGACACGGCUUUAAAACUGUUCAGAGACAUCAAUCCUGACCUCUUUGUGUUUGCAGAGAUCAACGGGACGUAUAACUCUCCCUUCUUUCUAACUAGGUUUAGAGAAGCUAUGUUCCAUUGCUCGGCGCUCUUUGACAUGUUUGAGAGCAACAUAUCAGAAGAGAAUCAUUGUAGGAGCUUGGUGGAGAGGGAGUUAAUCAUAAAGGAUGCGAUGAGUGUGAUCGCAUGUGAAGGAGCUGAGCGGUUCGCGAGGCCGGAGACUUACAAGCAAUGGCAGGUUAGGAUAGUAAGAGCCGGGUUUAGACCAGCGAAGCUGAACAAGCAGAUCAUGAAGGAAGGGAAGGAGUUAGUGAGGGAGCGUUACCAUAAAGAGUUUGUGGUGGAUAAUGAUAACCAUUGGAUGUUACAGGGCUGGAAAGGAAAAGUUAUGUAUGCUCUUUCCUGCUGGAAACCUUCUAAGAAGCAAUAAAACUAUUUUUGUAAUCAUUUUACUUGGUUUUGUUAGCUUUGUUUGUCUUCUGUUUGGUAAUGUUUUGUAGAAACUGUUGGGUUUUGCUCUCAUAUAUUUAUAUGGAAUGCGUUUGUUCUUUCUUGCAAGUUCAUAUUGAAACCAACUGAUUUGAAAUGGAAUAGAAAAAGAGUGGAGGAAUU